AUGCUGGCAACUACAACAAACAUCAUUACAGCCUCCCCCAAGCGAAAGACAAAAGCCAACACCAAAGAACAAGAUAACUCUUACUAUGGACAGUUGAACAAACGAAAUAUCAAUAAAGUCACAUUUGGUAAAUACGAGUUUCCUACAUGGUAUGGGAAUGCAGCAUAUUUUUACCCCCAUGAUUUAUCACAUUCAACCUUGGGUUACGAAUAUGCCAACAAAGUGGCUUCUGAAGGAUCAAUGGCUCGAAAAAUCCAUAAGAAAGAUGUAUUUGAUGAAAAUUUACACGAAUUUUGGCUAAAUCAUUUGUUUGUUUGUGAGUAUUGUUUCAAGUACACUUCCAAUGAGACAACCUUGAAUCAACAUGUAACUGCAUGCACAUAUAAUCGAAAAAGACCAAAUAAAGGUAAAUUGUUGUACUAUGACCAAGCCAAUGGAUAUAUAAUUCGAGAAGUGCGAGGGUUUCAGGAUCCUUUGUUUUGUCAAAACUUAUGCUUGUUUGGAAAAUUGUUCCUUGACGAUAAAUCAGUGUAUUAUAAUAUAGAUCAUUUUGAUUUUUAUAUUGUUUUCGGUAAAGAUGAUUCGUCAUAUAUUCCCAUGGGAUUUUUUUCUAAGGAAGUCUUAUCGUAUGACAAUGAUAAUAACCUAGCCUGUAUUUGCAUAUUCCCACCAUUUCAAAGAAGACAUUUGGGCUCAUUGUUGAUUGAGUUUCUGUAUAAAUUGGCCGCUGUUACUCCAGGACAGCUCAAAUGCAGCGGCCCAGAGUUCCCGCUUUCACCAUAUGGCAAAGUAACUUAUUUGAGGUAUUGGUCAAAGAGACUAGCGACGAAGAUUUAUCAACAAAGUGGAUCGUUUACAUUGAGCCAGAUUUCAAAAGAAACUGGGUUCAGAAAAGAAGAUAUUCUACUAACACUUGAAUACAUGCAGAUAUUGGUCAAAGAUGGUAAUGGAAAUGUGGCACUUUCGCUUGAAUAUCUUGAACACUGGUGCUCACAAAAUAGGGUUAUUCCCGGGGUUGACAUAAAUAUCUUGAAUUCGGAAUGUUUAAUACUAUGA